UUCCCAUUUUCCGGGAGGAAAAGAUAAAUUAUUUCAUGAACCAUUAAUUUAUCAGUUUUAUCCAAUGAAUCAAUCAGAUUAUACAAACAGUUCAAUCCAUAACGAUGUAGCUCUCAAAAUCGCUUCUUCCCUUACGGUUCCUGAUAUUUCCUCUUUGAGCUGCUGUUCUCGGGUUUGGCGUGAGAUAUGGGGCUCCGAUUAUGUAUGGGAGCCACUAUUCAAACAACGAUGGCCUCUUCUGUAUAAAGAAACCAUGAAAGACCCCAAUUUCAAGGGGUGGAAGGGAUUUUACAUAAAGCAGCACAAGGAGAUGAGGGAUCAAGCUGAAUCCGUUAUUAAAUUUGUGGAACAAUGUUCGAAAUCCGAAUCACUCCAGGUAAACGACCAUCUGAAAGCGGUCGAAUGCCUGAAAUCGUUGCAGUUCGGAUUUAAAGAUGUCCAAAUGUUGCUGUUCAAACAAAAGCUGAGUGUUCUGCUUAACCUGGUUGGACUUCACUACUGCCUUAACAUCCUUCGAGUGCCGGCUUCGGAUGUCAAGGAAGUGCUUGAGAGUAGCAAGAUUUUUGACCGUCAAGUUCAUGUCAAAUGGUGGAAGCUCGGUAGAUGGUUCUACGGAUUCCGUAUGCGUGAUGAAUUCCAUUCUCGAUGUCUCUCUCUAGAAGAUCUUGCAACAUUUAAAGACGACACAGACGUGCUGGGGGUACUUCACCGAGGAGCGAUUCAUGAGGUUUUAGAAGUUCAGAUAUCUGUUGUUAAUUCCACAAGCAGUGCCUGGCUUAAUCUUAGCUCACAAUGACUAGUUUAGACCAUGGGGAACAAUCAUGAACAAAUUUGCAUAUGUACAGUGUUUAUCUCAUGAUGUGUGUGUGUGUGUGUGUAUUGCAGACUGAUAUAUAACCUUUCUUUUAUCAAUUUCAUUUGCUAUUAUU